GAUCAUCACCAGUACUGCUUCUUAUAGUUGGAGCUAGUAGUAGUAGUGAUAUUUGCAGAAGAUAGAUAGCCACAUUCAUUCAGAUUCUCAUUCCAUUACCUGCAUCACCAGUACUUUAUCCUUCCCUCUCUUUCUCUAGAUCUAGUUCAAUCUUAUUAUCCAGGACUCAUUCUUUCUCUCAGACGUAUACAAGUUGUCUGAUUAAAACCAAAUAAUUUAUAGAAAUGACAUCCGAGAAAGUUGAGACAGUCAUUGCAGGUAACUAUGUCGAGAUGGAACGCGAAGAAGAUGAUGCCUACGCAAGUGGCCGUGCUAGUAGAAGCAAAUUCUCCAACUUCUUAUGGAAUGGUGGUUCAGUUUAUGAUGCCUGGUUUAGCUGUGCUUCUAACCAGGUUGCUCAAGUGCUGUUGACGUUGCCAUAUUCAUUUUCACAACUAGGGAUGGCAUCAGGGAUUGUGUUUCAACUGUUUUAUGGGUUAAUGGGAAGUUGGACUGCUUACCUUAUAAGCAUACUGUACGUUGAAUACCGUACCAGGAAAGAAAGAGAGAAGGUGGAUUUCAGAAACCAUGUCAUUCAGUGGUUUGAAGUACUUGAUGGGUUGCUGGGGAAAAACUGGAGAAAUGCAGGAUUGUUUUUCAACUGCACUUUCCUGCUCUUUGGAUCAGUGAUUCAGCUCAUUGCUUGUGCAAGUAAUAUUUACUACAUCAAUGACAAUCUCGACAAAAGAACUUGGACAUACAUAUUUGGAGCUUGUUGUGCUACAACUGUUUUUGUUCCUUCCUUCCAUAAUUACAGAGUUUGGUCUUUUCUGGGCCUUGUGAUGACAACUUACACUGCAUGGUAUCUCACCAUUGCAUCCCUACUCCAUGGACAGAAUGAAGGAGUGGUGCAUUCUGGCCCGGCAAAAAUGGUUCUAUAUUUUACUGGAGCCACCAAUAUUUUAUACACCUUUGGUGGACAUGCUGUUACAGUGGAAAUAAUGCAUGCGAUGUGGAAGCCACAAAAGUUCAAGAUGAUAUACCUAAUUGCAACACUAUACGUACUAACACUCACUCUGCCGUCGGCAAUUUCGGUGUACUGGGCAUUUGGAGAUGCGCUAUUAACUCAUUCUAAUGCAUUCGCUUUGCUCCCAAAGUCGGGGUUUAGGGAUGUUGCUGUUGUUCUCAUGCUCAUUCAUCAGUUUAUUACGUUCGGAUUCGCCUGUACUCCAUUAUACUUUGUGUGGGAGAAAUUCAUCGGGAUACACGAGGUCAAGAGCAUAUUUAAAAGAGCUCUGGCAAGACUUCCGGUAGUGAUACCCAUAUGGUUCUUGGCUAUAAUAUUUCCAUUUUUCGGACCUAUCAAUUCGGCUGUCGGAGCUCUACUUGUUAGCUUCACAGUCUACAUAAUUCCGGCCUUAGCUCAUAUGCUGACCUUUGUUUCUCCAGCAGCAAGAGAGAAUGCCGUGGAGAGACCACCAAAAUAUCUAGGAGGAUGGACAGGAAUUUUCUCUCUGAAUGUAUUUGUGGUGUGCUGGGUUCUGGUGGUUGGGUUUGGAUUUGGAGGAUGGGCAAGUAUGCUCAACUUCAUAAACCAAAUUAACACUUUUGGUCUCUUCACCAAAUGCUAUCAGUGCCCACCUCAUAAAAACUAAGUAAAAGUUAGUAGUUAUUGUGUUCCUUCAUCAUUACUACUACUACGACCACCAAAGUUUGAGAUCUACCAAAGAAAGAAAAAUAGUAUUAGGUAUAGCAGCAUAUGUAAAGGGUUUGGCUCUAAUCUUUUCUUCUUCUUUUUUUUCUUCUAACUUUUGUGUGGUUACAUUAUUAUAUAAACCCACCACCUUCUUCUUCUUCUUUUUUUUCAUUGAAGGAAACAAACCCCCUUUGUUUUGUGAGGGUUUGAUUCCCUUUAGUUCAAGCUUAGUUUGAUUUGUGUAUGUGGUUAUCAAGAAACAUUGUUGUACUAUUAUUAGAUUGAUUGAUUGAUAAUGGUGGGUAAUAAUUUUUGGAGUGGACGCAUCUA